AUGUCUUCCACUGGCGCUUCUACGCGCUCCUUGCAUGCCGAUGAUGCCCUCAACCUUGUUACCGAUGUCGCACCUCCUAUGCAUCUCUCCACCACAUUUCGUUACUCAAAUGAUCCCUCCAAGCUAGUCCCGGCUGCUGAUGCCACUCCCGACAAUCCCUCCACAAACCAUAUCUACUCGCGCAUGUCCGCGCCCAAUCCAACCCGCUUUGAAACAAUCCUCUCCUCUCUCCUCCACGGCCACACGAUAAGCUACUCCUCAGGCCUCUCAGCCCUCCACGCAGCCCUCACCCUCCUCAAUCCCCGCAACAUCUCCGUAGGUGAAGGCUACCACGGCUGCCACGGCGUCAUAGCCCUCUUCACCCGCCUAACAGGCCUAACCAAACACCCCCUCGACUGCCCUCCAGAAGCUCUCCAGAAAGGAGACGUCAUCCUCCUAGAAACGCCAGUCAAUCCCCAAGGAACAGCCUUCGACAUAGCCUCCUACGCCGCAAAAGCUCAUGCCCGCGGCGCCUUCCUCAUCGUCGACUCGACCUUCGCCCCGCCAGGUCUCCAAGAACCCUUCGAUUUCGGCGCCGACAUCAUCAUGCAUUCCGGCACCAAGUACUUCGGCGGCCACUCAGAUCUCCUAUCCGGUGUUCUGGCGACCAAGAACGACACCUGGGCUGCGCAGCUCAAACAAGACCGUCUAUUCAUCGGCUCCGUAAUGGGCAAUAUGGAGUCUUGGCUCGGCGUCCGCAGCCUGAGGACUCUUGAAAUCCGCGUCCAGCGCCAGAGUUCAAACGCAACAAAUUUGGUCUCUUGGUUGGAUUCUUCUCUGCGCGCAGAAAAUCCCGCCCCGGACUCGGACGAGGCUGCUGUUCAGGCUGUGCUGGGGAGUAUUCUGCAUGCUUCGUUGCAGGAUAAGAGUGAUUGGUUGGCGAAGCAGAUGCCGAAUGGGUUCGGGCCUGUUUUCGCGAUCAAUAUGAAGGAAGAGCGGUUUGCGAGGAAUCUGCCUGCUUUGUUGCAUUUCUUUCAACAUGCUACUAGUCUUGGUGGGGUUGAGACGCUUAUUGAGUGGAGAACGAUGUCGGAUGCUACUGUUGAUCGGAGGUUGUUGAGAAUUAGUGUUGGAUUGGAGAAUUGGGAGGAUUUGAAGGAGGAUUUGGUGGGUGCAUUUAGGGUGCUUGCGAAGGAUGCCUAG